UUCAGUAGCGUGUUCUUAGCAACGGGGAUGAACAGUAACUGCUGCGUUUGCUUUGAACGCAGCUCACAUUUGGCGAAGGAGUUGCCCUCUCUGAACAGCAUCAAAUUUAUGAUCACCUCAGACAAGAAAGAUUAUAAAGAUAGAUGCCAAAGCGUCUGCGCGUCACGUUCAUUUAAUGCAAAAUGCAACCGUUGUUAAUGUUUUAUAAUAACUUCACAAUGCGGGAACUGAUCUGAGGUGUAAUUAUCCACGGAUGGACCUGGUGCCUGUCGGCUGAGACAUCAUUUACAAUCCGCGGUGAGACUGUCGAGGUGGGACCGCCGACAGGAUGGUGGAGCGGUCGGACCGAGCCCCUCUGCUGGACUGGGAGGAGGUUCCGUCCGCGGAGAAGACCGACGGAGAGGCGCUGCCGGCAAAGGAGCGACUGUCGAGCCCCUCCAACAGUCGAGUCUCAUCAGGAUGCUCCGCGCCGGGGUUUGGGUGGAGCAGCGGUCCGGGGGGUCCCACUAACAGCAGGUCUGUCUCCAACGCAGACGGCUGCAGCGCCCCACCCGCGACCUCCAGCACCCCGGCGGGCAUUGAUGAAGCGCUGCGUCCCGACAACGAGGAGCAUCACUCGGAUGCAGGAUCGAGGGAGGUGACGCUGGAAGACAGGAUGGUGAAAUGGGAGGAAAAGGACCAGAUUGUGUCGGUCUUUGUGGUUACAUUCAAUACCAGAUCAGGAAACAUGCUGGAGUGGUGUCUGCCCAAAGACAUGGACCUGGAGGGAGUGGAGUUUAAAGCCAUCGCUAGCGGCUCCCACCGAGUCACCACUGAUUUCAUUUACUUCCGGAAGGGCUCCUACUUCGGCCUUGCCUGCUUUGCCAACAUGCCGGUGGAGAGCACGGUGGAGAGGGGUGCAAGGAUGAAGUCGGUAGGGAUCCUGUCUCCUUCCUACACCCUGCUCUACCGCUACAUGAGCUUCCUGGAGCAUCAAGUCAAGCUCCAGCUUCAGUCCCCCGGCCACUACUCUCCUCUGGAGGCCUUCUAUGAGGACAAGAGAGCACUUCUGCCCCCAAGUGGUGAUGGUGUUGUUACUGCAUGUCCAGCCAACGCCUGGGGAGCUGCAAUCAACCACAGCAUGCAUCCUGAGAUGAAGAUCACCCACCCUGCAGGCUGUAUGUCCCAGUUCAUCCGCUUCUUUGGGGAGCAGAUCAUGGUACUGUGGAAACUGGCUCUCCUCCGCAGACGUAUCCUCAUCUUCUCCCCUCCACCAGUGGGCGUGGUCUGCUACAGAGUGUACUGCUGCUGUUGCCUGGCAAACAUCUCCAUCCCCGGGAUCGGCGUGGCUGUGCCCGAGUUCCGCCCCUUCUUCUACGUUAAUGUGGCUGAUAUCAGCGCCCUGGAGAACGAGCUCUCCUACGUCGCAUGUACUACUGAGAAGAUCUUUGAGGAGAAGAAGGAUCUCUAUGAUGUGUAUGUAGACAAUCAGAAUGUAAAGACCUGCAGAGAUGGCCUGAAACCUCUGCUCCGCCUCAGCACUGCAGACAGGGAGAAAUAUCGCAAACUCACUGAACAAAGGCAGAUGUUGCUGUACUCCCAGGAGGAGAAUGGCGACUGCGUGUCCAGUGAAGAGGAUCUCUUUAUUCUGUUUUUCCUGGAGGAGAACAACAGGAUUUUCCAGACCCUCAGUGAGGUGGCAGGGAGUCCUGAUCCCACGCUGACCCAGGAGAGUGUGAGGGCUAUGGGUCUGGAUCCCCAUGGAGAUAGGCUCUUCCUGCUCCACCUGCUGGAGAUCUACGGCUAUGACACCCUGCUGGUGUCGGAGCAGCUGUGCUGUAGUUGAGAGACAACAGACGGUUGGCUUUCCACCUCUUAUCACUGCUGGUUUUAAAAGGGGGUUGAGCUUUGAGUGCUGCACUACUGAUUUUUUUGAGUCUUCAAGACAGAUUGAGCCUCCAGAAAUUUCUCUGGUAUAACUUUUUUUUUGUCGUAAAUCCACUUGUGCUUUUUUUUGUUCACCGUGGUUCUGCUCCCUCACAACCUGAUGGUAAGACCAACAUUACAGUCAACGUAUUAUAACCUAGAGUAAUGUGGUACAGCCUCCUGGAGAUAAACCCACCCUAAAGAUGGAUUACUCAGCCUUGACUGACUCUGAAUCAGAUGCAGCUGCAGUAUUUCACCACUGAACCAUGUUUUAAAGCAAUGAAUGGCAGGUCCAAACCCAAGAUGACAAGAACAUCAGAUGAGACUUCUUCCAGAGUGAAGCUAGUAAUUGAACAAAACAUGUACUGAGGAUUAAUGUAUGAAAGUAUAAAAGAGAGGCAGCUUUCCUGUAAAUAAUCCUGCUUUUUUUCCCCUUUAUGUACGGUGUGUCAGCGUAUGUGUGAUAUGUGGGUCUGCCUCUCUGCCAGUGUUGCUGUCCUUGUAUUAAGUGCUGGAUUUAAACAUCAAGUUUUUUAAGCCUCUAUGUCCAAAUCAGGUCCUCCUUUCUUGAAAUCUAACUUAUGUCACUACAAGCAGGUCAACCCACCUACGAGCCAUGUCUGUAAGUGUGUUUUAAGUGGCAACAAAUUAUCAGUUUGCCAUUUAAUGUUGAAACUAAUUAUUUUUGGCCUGAGCUAAGACCAAAUCAGAUUUUCUAAUGAUGUCCAACAAGCAAGAGUGAUGUCCGCGAGGACAUAGAGGCUAUUCAGAAUGGCUUAUUUGCACCCUGGCUGUCGGCUGGGCCUGCAGUUCAGAAGAAUAGGCUGUUACACAGUGAGCACUGUUUUCCGUUUUUACUGCUUUUCUUAAAUGUUUAGCUGUGUUUGUAACUCUAGUGGCGAGACAAAGGCAAGGCCUUCAAGCGGGCGAGUUCACAACUUUAGAUGAUUUUCUCAAUUCAGAGACACGGAGUUGAUUCUUUUUUUUUUAAACAGCUACUCUCUGCAGAAUAGAUCUUAGAGACACAAUUCUAUAACUUUUAAGCUCUGUACAUUUUGAAGCACACCAUCACAGCAUUUAAUUUCAGCUCCCUCAACAGCAAAACAGAAAAGUUGCAUGUGUUGGUAUCUUAUGUUGCAUAUUGCUGUUGAAAAAGAAACAAGACAAGACACAGAGGGACAUGAAUUGAGAACUUUAAAGUUGCAUUAAUCAAAUUUUGGCCACUAGAGGGCAGAAAAACAAGUGACAGCUACUACUACAUCACAUGUUUUUAAUGGCUAACAUGUAGCUAACAAUGGCCUAAUAUACAUCCAGCAAACAUGUUUUAGCUGCUAGCUGUCCAACUUUCUAAUCUAGCAGCUCACUUGUAAUCAAACUAUCGGUAAAUGUUCCAUAAAACCAGAACUCACUAACAGGCUAAAAAAAGUUUCACCGAGCUACAGAGAUUAAUGCUAAUCCUAUGGAAGAUUGGCAAUAAGUGACCUCUGUCACAUUACCUGUAGUCAUUUGAGUCUGUUAGUAUAAAAAUAUUGAUUAUUGCAACUUCAAGCAAGGGUUCCCAGUGAUGGGACAUUUCAGCUUGCAUACUUCCAUAGAUCAGGUGUAGUUUAGUCAUUUGUGCGGAACAGCAAGGUGGUCAAUGUUUCGGGGGAUUUCCUUUAGUGUAACCAUUACUGCCUAACUGUUACAUGAAAAUACACACGCUGAAAUAGAAAAUUCGAUUGCAAUAUCAUCACUUAAAGUCACAGUUAUAUUUUAAUUUGCCACAUCUACUGCCGGACUGAAACAUGCUGAAUGCUAAGCUAACCUGGUGCUUUGGUUACUCCGUAGGCUUUGUGACACUAAAGAUAUGUAUUCCUACAACAAACUAAAAGGUUAUUAUGUUGUCAUUUUCUGUUUGCCACUGAUUGUCUUUAUCCAUUUAAUUAUUUUAAAUGUAUUCAGUUUAUUUAGAGUUGGUUUAGCUGUAAAUCCUGUUGAGUGUAAAUAUUUAAUUAUUGUAACAUUAUCUGUGAAGAAAUGGGAUCAGCUGAAUGUGUUUUAUAAGACAAUUAUGAUCCCACAGAGCCUCUGUGCAUCACUGAAACACUCAUGCAAUUAUGUGUUCAACGGUCCGCUGUAAGAAAGCAACAGCAUAUUUUCAUGCCACAUUGCAUGGCACCUUUAGAAAACCUGUAGAAGGGAUAGUCCGAGUCAUUUUAAAACACCUUCACUUUAUUAUUAUUUAUUUUACUGUAAACCAUUUCAGAAAUAAAGUGCAUUGCCACUUGUAAGGAAAAAACACA